AUUCGAUCUCUAAACUUCCUGAUUUUACGUGUCACACAAAAUAACAUUUCUCUUCUUCUUAAAAAAAAAAUGGCGACAAUAACGACGCCGGCGACCAACUUUUCAAGAUUGUUACCUCGCGCCGGUCUUUUUCUCGGAGUUGAGUCGUCCGCCGUUCUUGGGUUGCCAAGAAUGGUGACAAGGGGGAAGCUUAGGUGUAGCCUGCAGGAGAAGCCAUCCGCCGCGAGCGGCACAGGCUCAAAUGCUAGCAUGGUUGCAUCAUUGGCAGCAGCUGCAGCAUCAUGGGCUGUGACCACAAGCGCUACAGGGCCAGCCAUGGCUUUGGUGGAUGAGAGGCUGAGCACAGAAGGAACAGGGCUUCCCUUUGGUUUGAGCAACAAUCUUCUUGGGUGGAUACUUUUUGGUGUGUUUGGUCUGAUUUGGGCUCUCUAUUUCAUUUACGCUUCAAGCUUAGAAGAGGAUGAGGAUUCUGGGUUGUCCCUCUAAGCCUAAGCGAACCCCAAUGUGAAUUCAGCAGGAGAAAACUUUUGUGUAAAUGAUAAUUUGCUAUUCAUGUAAUUGCUUAUAAUUAAACUGCAACUUUUGCUUC